UUAUGGCUAGUGCUAAAAUAAAUUUUCAUAUAAAACUGCUUUCUGGCGGUUGUGUUGUUCUCAUCGAAGCCCCAGGAUAUGACUCGGAAAUAUUUACACCUACAAUAGAUGCUAAUAAAAGGAUAUCGUUAGUGAAUAUCAUAACAAAUCGACGAUGCUGUUCAGUAUCAAAUGCCAAAGCCUCAAAAACAAGCAUAGGCAAUGUAAAUGUUAAAAAGGAAUCGGAUGAAGCCAAAUCUAUGCGGCCACCAGCAACCAAUUCAUUUUUGCGUAAUUCUGUACGCCACAACAAGGAAAACCUAUCAGUACAGAUGAGACCACCAUUAGCAAAUAGUACGCCAGGAAAAUUCUCAGUUCCGGGUAAUAUUAAAAACAGAACGUCAAUCAAUAUCACCCCUGAUACUUUUGGAAGUAUGAGUAGUCAAUUUGAUCUGCCCACACCGGAGCCUUUAAGAAGGGCCAUUCCACAACAACAAAGAAGUGAGGUUGUUAAUAAUUCAGACUACAAUUUGCCCAGAGGAAUAAAAGUGAUGCGUCUUUACCAUAACUCUAGAGAUGGUACACCCAGCAAAGUGGGUCGUUUAAUAUCCAGUUCUCCAUUAACGAGCAGCGCCAGAGGUAUUACCCGUGAAGAUUUCCACAAUAUGUCUAGCAUGUCUAGCAGUUUCAGAAUAAACCCUCCAACCCCCUCAGCGAAGGGUUCACAACAAUUGGGUGUUUUCGCAUCGACGCCGAUUAAAAGACAGCCGCCCACCACACAAGGUGUUAUUCAGAAUUCAAAUUCUAAAUGGCGAGGCGGUAAGAAGACAAUAAGAACCUAUUCCAAACGAUGUAAAGUGGUUCAAAUACGCACUCCUCAGUCAUCGGCAAAAAAAUUUCGUGAACGUGUAUUACCUAGUUUUCUUCGUAAUCCCACCCAGGCGCCAAAACCUGAAUACCAGGUUGAAAUACGCAAACGUCGCUCCUUGAUUGUAGAUGGCAAAGUGAGAAUUUCCUCCAGAAAAUUUAAACGACAACAACAGCCAAAUGAAGGCGCGAACUCGAAGUUGCGAAUAUCAACUACUUCCGUGUCCUUUACGGCGCUACAGAGAAGUCGUAAAAUGCCCAUGAGCGCCUUUGAUCUACUAACCAACUCCAAUCGUGUCGCUUGCCUAUCCAGCAAACUUACGGAACAAUUCCGUAAAGGUUGCAUUAACAAAGCUUCGUCCACUAAUAGCAAAUAUAAGAUUCUGGCCAAUGUUCCACCUCUAGAAGAAGAUGAAGAAGUUUUGGAACUAACACAAUCAUUGCUGCCAAGCUUUUCAUCCAUAUCUGCUGGGCAGACGAGUCAUGGGAAUGAGCAGAAUUGCAGCAAGGAAAUUAUGGUGAGGAAUCCCCUAUCACAGCCGGUAACAAGAAAUGUUCCAAAAUGUGAGAAAAUCAUUCUAAACAGUCAUUGCAGUAAGCCUGUAACAUCAACACCAAAUUUGAGAGUUUUGUUGAAAUAGAUUCCUAAAAUUUUAAGUUACUUUAAUUAGUUUGUCGUAGAUAUAUCACGUCACGCCAAGUCUUCUGCAUAGCUUGUCUGGUACCACAAGAAAUAUUUUCUAGAUUUGUUCUAAGUUCUGAUUGAAAUAAUUUUGAUAAUGAAUAAUUGUACCAAGUUCGUCGAUUAUUAGCUUAAGUUUGUGAUUAUAUCAUUUUUAUUAAU